GUAAACUCACUUUGAAGAGAUCUUAGCUUCCUGAGUUGCAUUUAGAAAGAAAUCGAUCCCUGAGUCUCCAGUAACUAAAUCUAUGACGGCCAGUGCAGUGCAAUUCAAUAUGACUCUUGCUUGGAUCAAUAUGUUUCACUUUUCAUUUUGCUUGUCCAGAGGCAAUAUCUCCAUCUGAGCAAUCCAUAACCACUUCCAGAUCAUGUUAUCUCGAGGAAAAAAGUUUUUUUCUAGGUAUAAAAAAACAAAAACAAAUGCAUCUUUAACCAGGAAUGUUUAAGAUUAGUAUGAUGCAGUCUGCACCCAUCCGAUAAACAUAAUUUAAAAUAUAGCUCUAACCAUGCGUUUAAGCUUACUUCAAAGGGUUUCAACAUAGAGGUUUAUUUAGUGCAGUGUUACCUAUUACGAUCAGAAGUGAAUGCGGAAACGCUGCCCAACGCUCCGAGCUGUGGUUGGUCGAUUUGGUUCCGUUCCGUCAGCGCGCACACAUGGGUGACGCGCCGCGUAGGGAUGAAACGGCGUGAACAGCGCUCGAUCACCAGGGAGGAGACUGAAAUGAUAUCAUAUAUUGGAGGAAACGCAGCGAAAAGAGGGUGUCACUUUGCGGCUGCAGCAGUUUCGCUCGUUUGGUCAGCUGAGCGGUGAACUUGCACAAAUACGGAGUUCGCAAACGGCUCAUAAUAAGCCAUGAUGUCCUUGCAGAAGCCUCCGUUAACAAGAAGUGGCUCCACCCCCUCGACACUUGACGCCACCAAUCGAAGCGGCCCUUCAAUUGCCCCGCCCACAUCUCUUAACCUCCGCACCUCCCACAACCAGUCGUUGGCCCACGAGACUAUAAAAGAGGGCGUGAUGACAACAGAUGCGAACAGCCCCUCCUCAACUCUCCCCAAGAGCCGGCAGAAGAACUCCACGGCCUGCGUCCACAACACGGUGGGAGCGACUGACAACCUUCCAAACUGUGCCCCAGGAAGAGGAGGGAGGUCGGCCCCGCCCAAGUCGGCCUCCUCCACCUCCCUCGGCUCCAUGUCUUCAAUCUCGCUCUCCAGAUCCAACUCCAAACUGGCCAAAAAUGGCACCAAUCUUCAGCUGAAGGCCGAGGAGGAGCAGCACGACUUCAACAAGAACCAAAGGCCCAGUAACAUGGUCAGGAGGAGCAGCUCUGAUUGGCUGGACAGGAAAGACAAUCAAAACUGCGCACCAAUGAGGAGGCGAACCAAGAGCUUCCUGGACUACCGCCGGGAGGAGCCUCCCAUUUGCUUCAAUGAGAAGCAAGAGAAGGAAGAGGAGGAGGACGGGGAGGAGGAGAAAGAGGAGGAGACCGAGAAGCCUUUGCUGCCUAAGCUGGAUCAGCAGGACUGGGUGAAGGAGAACUGGGUGGAGACUCACCUCACCCUGCCCCAAAAUCACCUUCUGCUGGCCAAGGAGGAAGAGGAGGAGAGUCCCACCCAGGCCCAGCUGAAGGGGAUGGAGGGGAGCUACAGCUACGACCACAAGCCAAAGAAAGAGCAGCUGUCCAGGGGAAAGGAUGCCCGGGUGGAGCUGCAUCCAAACAAUCAGACGGCCCUCCGGUCCAGGGUGGGGGCCCUUUCGGCCAGGCAGGAGGAAGAGGAGGAGGAGGAGGAUGAGGAUGGAGAGGAAGACUCCAGCUGGACCACACUUUCACAGGAGAGUCCUUCAAUGGAAACACCACAGGAGGCUGGAGGCGUAUGGAUGGAUGGUGACCUGCCUCCUGGGUGGCGUGAGGUGGAGGAUUUGGCAGAGGUCUAUUUCUGGCACGUGCCUUCGGGUACCACUCAACGAGAGCGCCCUGUGUCUAACGGGAACACCAAUCCUGAGCCAGACACGGCGCAGGAGGGGCUCGAGGCAGCCGGCCUCACCAUCCCUCCCAACAACUCACAGAGCGAGCGCCCAAGCAGCAUCGUGUCCGACAGCUCCGUGGAGCCAGUGCCUUCCUCUGCGGCCUCCUCCCCCUCCAACUCCCCUCUCUCCUAUGAUAUCAUGAUGCCCACCGUAGGCUUCCUCAACAACAACUACUUGAGUAUCAGGGAAGAGGUAACCCAUCAGGAUGCUAAUCUUCGGCAGCCCGAGACAGGAAGUGCCCAUGUGAAACUGCGAGCGAGGGUCCUGCCUGACUCAGUCCCCUCCCCCAGGACCAGCAUUGACCUGGACUCUCAGGUGUUCCCUGUGUGUUCUCUUGGCUGGCUCGAGGUCUCAGACGCUGAUAUGGUGACUGGUAGGAGCAGUGUGGUGGUCAGUGACUGCAUCAGACAGCUGCAGCUCCGCACCAGAGAGAGAGACACCACUGGAGAGACAGAGGAGGGCAAGCCCAUGCUCUUAGUCCUCCAGGAUGUCACGCUGACCCUAGUUGACCCCACAGAUCACACGCUGCUGCACUCGCAACCAAUCAGCUGCAUCCGGGUAUGGGGAGUAGGCCGAGACCACAGCAGGGAUUUUGCGUACGUGGCGAGAGACAAGAACACGCGAGUGCUGAAAUGUCACGUGUUCCGAUGUGACGCCCCCGCCGAAGCUAUCGCCACCAGCCUCCAUCGAAUCUGCUCCAAGAUUAUGGCUGAAAGGAAGAAUACCAAAGCUGUAGCAGGCAGCUCCUCCAACUCCAGCACUGAUGUACCCCUCCAAGUAGAGUUCCCCAUACCAAAGACAGAACUGGAACAGAAGUUCCACGUGCUCUACCUGGGCACGACAACCGUGAUUCGCCCGAUAGGUAUGGACAUGAUUAACGGGGCCAUAGACACCCUGCUCUCCUCGACUGGGAAGGAAGACUGGACGCCCGCCAUCCUCAAUGUGGAGGAUGCUACCGUGAACGUCAUCAAAGAAAAGGAAGAAGAAGAGGAGGUACUGGUGGAAUGCCGCGUGCGUUUCCUGUCCUUCAUGGGCGUGGGCCGUGACGUGCACUCCUUCGCCUUCAUCAUGGAUACUGGCAACCAGCACUUCCAGUGCCACGUGUUCUGGUGCGAGCCCAACGCGGCGUGUGUGUCCGAGGCCGUGCAGUCUGCCUGCGUGCUGCGCUAUCAGAAGUGUCUGGUGGCCCAAUCCCCCUCCCAGAGGGACGGCAGCUCCUCGCCACCGCCCCCCGGCUCGGUGACACGGCGCGUCACCACCAGCGUCAAGCGCGGCGUCCAGUCCCUAAUAGACACUCUCAAACAGAAGAAACCCACCCCCGAGCUCCCUCACCAAUGACGGGGGGUCAGCCAUUAUCGCCCGCCAUCAGCACAGCCGCGCCAAGAGCGAAUGAGGGAGGUGGGGGUGAGGGAUGAGAGAACGACUCAAACACACACGUGAAACUGUUAAAUGUAUAUAAACGUACUUACAAAGGACUGUGCAGCCCAGAGAGUGAGAGCAACUACCCAACAAAAAAGGAGAAAAGUGAAAGAAACAAACAAAAGGAGAAAGAAGAACAUGCUGCCACACGGUGCCGUUGCUCCACAGCCUUUCACUUUUGACCUUUUCUGUUGUCGGCGAGCUGCCUGAAGCAUGCCCCGUCUCAAUCACGCUCAAGUCCAAACACACGUCCUCACGGCCACAAGAAAAAAAAAAACUAAAAAUGCCCCCGCGUGGUUUCUGGAACAAUGGAUUGUAGACCUACCAGAACUUCUCGGCUGGCCGACCGUUCUUACCAGCGGCAAAGUCAAAGUCAUUCUCCUCGUUGUCUGUCCUGUGGGCAUUUCUUUUUUUUCAGAACUUCUGGGAUUUCUGUGCGUAUUCUUGAGACACAGGACAAGGGCCAGUGCUGCGGUUUGUCCUCAUUUACUCGUGCCAUACUGUGCGUCAUUGCAGGCAGGAGAGAACCUCCCUGUUCAAAUAUAUGUGUGUGUAUUAAUACUAUGUCACCAAGAAUGAAACACGCUGAAAGUGAAAAGCCGUAGCGUACACGAGUGAGGGCCCGAGCGUUCAGCAUUCAAACACACCUCAAACAAGUUAGGCUUAUCAGGCCACACUAACCAGGAAUGAGUGACUACUGCGCUACAGAAACAAGCAUAAAGCAUAAUGAUUGUGUCACAUUUGCUUUCUGUCGGGAUGAUGAAAGCUCCAAGACUGUUCACAGCGCUGAUAUUCAACCUGGAAUUUGACUGAUACAUCUAAAUAUGACGGCAGAAAACAGAGGAAUCAUAUAUGUGUGUGUAAAGAUAAAGGUGUGUGCAUUUGUCACAAUUCGCCUCCACCCCCCAAAAUAGUCACCACCAUCUCACACAUACACAGGCACAUCUGCACACAGUCUAACCCAGAUGUUUGUGGGGGAGACUAGCCCCCUCCAGUUGUAGGAGAGUAACCACAUUCACUAAUCCAGAGUCCCUUUCAAACCUCCCCAUAUAUUAAGUGAAAAAACGAAUGUGCUUUCUACAACCAAACUAAGCUCAACGUAUUCACAAACUGACCAGCUGGGGGGAAAAAGAAAAGAAAAGAGAAAAAAAAAAGAAAUUUCUUCUGUUAUUGUCAUUUUUACACCAUAGUAAUGUAAUCCAUUGUGAGAAUAAAGGCAUUUAAAGAC